AUGGCGUUGAUACCUACGGAGAUUCGCGAGAAGUUCAAGGGUCUGGAAACCAAAUACUUCGAGAAGGACGCAGUCCUCCAAUUCUUCUCCCGUCUGGGCAGCUCCGCGGACGUCCUGCGGCAGCUUGACGCCCUGCUGCAAGUCGGCGUGGUCGGCGUCGGCGUUGGAGCAGAUGGACAGGUCUGCCUACGGGACUUCCUUGAGUUUCUCUACGUCCAGCAUGACCAGCUUUCCAACUCCGAAGCGCCGGAAGCGCCGCUGCCCUGCGGCCUAUUCGCGGGGACCAACGAGUACGUCCUGGUGAAAGCAGAUGGAGAAAUUCUCAAGUUCAAGCUGGCAGGAGAGUGUCAAGAAAUUACCAAACGUCCUGUGUCUUCGUGGCAAAAGAUCAAGAAAGACUUCUGGGAAGUUUCUAGACUCGAGACCUUUGACGAACAGCACGGUGUCUUUCGAAUCGAUGCUGCUGAAGUGCAGUUGCGCGAAGAAGAUGUGCCCAAGUUAGUUGGACAUGAGGUGCAUGCGCAGCUAACCAAGCCACAGGGAUUUUCCAGCGCGCUGCUUGGGACCUUCACGGAUUGCUUUGUGAAUCAGGGGGACAAGGCUCGCUUCAGACUUUCCAUCAGCAAAGAUGCUGGAGUCUAUGUGGAGUACGAUGGAAAGUCGAAGGAAUCCGGGCAGUAUAACUUGCUGGACGCAUUUCGUUCCCAGCUGGCCGAAGUGAAACGACCCACGGGAAUCCUUUGGACGCUGCGACUGGGAAGCGAUGGCAACUACCAGCUGCUGCCACCGCCUUUGAAGGUGAUCACCUUAACAACCGGCCAAAGCUUCGAUUUGUCCCACUGCGUCCACAGCGAGCCCGCAGCGGUGCUGCUGGGGCCACGCAUUGGACUCAAUGGCAACGUCCUGGAAGGAGAGGGGGAAUGCAUCGUCUCCUUUCCCGGGAAAUACGCCGAUUGCUGGCGCCUUUGUGUGGAAAGAUCGCUCCAUCGGACCAGUGUGGCCUGUGUUUUUCUUGGGGACGAACACGGCUGGGGCCAGCACGCGGAGAAUCCGGAGGAGAUUGGGAAGUGCUACUGCCACGCCUUGUAUGGUGAAAGAGGGCACCAACAGUUUGGCUUCCGGAGCAACGCCGAGUAUGAAGCGAACGGGCGUCGCCCACUCUGGGGCUGCCUUUGGUUCAAGCGUUGGCGCGACAAUGUGGAGCUUGCUGUCAGUCGGAGACAACGCCUGGUGGCCUAUUUCUUCGAAGGACAAGUGGGUGAAGGAUUGAUUACUUGGCCGGAGCUCUGCAAGAAGGAAACGAAUCUCUGGGACGGCAAGGGCUUGGGAGCUUCGCAAAAAGCUGAGCUGGCUUUCUUGCAGAAGAUGGGCUAUGACUUUGAGCAGCGAGACGUCACAAGCUGCCGCUUGUCGGAGAUCCUGGGAGAGAUCGAAGGUGAGAUUUUUCUCAAGGUGGACGUGGAAGGAGGUGAAAUCCAAGAGCUGGAGACCAGCCGUUGGGUCCCGUUGGUCAUUUGUGGGCUGUGCAAAGACCACAGUUUGGAGGUGGAAUACUUCAAGCAACCCAGCUCUGAAGCACAAGAUUUGGAGGUGUUGGAGUCGGGAGCAUGGGGUGUGAUGAAGACGGAGUCCGACGGUUGGUGGGUGGCUUCAUCGGAUUUCGGGAUGUUUCGUGUAGGCCUGUGCGCCUUGAAGUGUUGCGGCGAGGAUCGCUUCAAAGACUCGCAGGAGCUGCAGCGCUGGCAGCAGUUGGCCAAGGUCCUGGGGCCGGAAGACCUGGCCUUAGAGGCCACGGAGCUGGUCUUCACCAUGAAGGUGGUCCUGGAAAAAUGGCCGGAGGAGCAGGACAACGAAUUCUUCUCCAAUUUCACCCGAAUCCUCUCAGAGUUGGCGGAAGAAGCCGAUGAGUUCCAAAGUCUAUGGGACGACGUGCGCUCGCGCAAGCAAGCCAUUGCCGACUGCGCGGGCAACUGUGAUGAACAGCUCAUGACCUUGGCGCAACGCACUCACUUUAGCGUGAUGGAGAUCGAACGUCUCCGCAAGGAGGUCAGUGACAUGCGCCGCAAUCCGCGCCAGCCCGCCAAAGUCGACUUGGACAGUUUCAAGGAGCUUGUGAAACGAGCAGUUCCUGAGUUCCCCACGGAUCUAUGUGGUCGCCUGUUCCAGAAACUGGACUGUUUCCGCGUGGGUCGUUUGUCCUUCGUGGAACUCGCGUGUGGCAUGUCUGCUUUAUCCCUGGGCACCAUGGAUGAGAAAUUGCAGGUGUGCUUCGAUAUGUUCGACUCUGAAGGUCGUCGCGCCCUGUCGCUCUCCGACGUGAAUGACCUGUGCAGCACAUUGUUCCGCGUAGCUUUGUCCAGUGGCAUGGGCCACAAGCAAGCCUCCACCGAUGAGGUGGUCAAUCACUUGUCCAAGAAGUCCUUUCGUUUGGAGGAGGACCGUGGCGACGCGAAUGCAGCCACCUUCGCUGGUGAAAGGUCCAGUUCCUUCAAUGCGUGCACUCCACCGCGUCGGCGUUUGGAGAUCACUGCGGAUGGCUCACCACCGGUGGAACGCUCCAGUAUGCCCACAUCCCAGCGACAGGUCCCAAAGACCCUUUCAAACGAGGAUCCCUCUCACGCCAUGCUCUUGCGGCUUCUAGCUGCAGCCAAGGUGCGAACGCCUGGCGGUCCCUGGUUGGUGGCCUUUGAGGACUUCUGCAACGCCGCCAGGAUGGAGCCGGCCUUGCGACUCGGACUUCGGAGAUCCGAAGGGAUGCAGAUUGGG